GAUAAACCUGAACCCCCCGAGGAAGGUCGUCUCCCUGAUGCCACCAAAGGUUCCGAUCACCUGAGGGAAGUUUUCGGUCAUAUGGGUUUGAGUGAUCAGGACAUUGUUGCUCUUUCUGGUGGGCACACGUUGGGAAGGUGCCAUAAGGAGCGCUCCGGUUUUGAAGGGCCUUGGACCUCAAAUCCGCUUAUCUUCGACAAUUCCUACUUCACCGAGCUUCUUACUGGUGAGAAGGAAGGACUCCUUCAGCUCCCAUCAGACAAGGCCCUUCUGACCGACCCAGUUUUUCGCCCCUUGGUGGAUAAAUAUGCUGCAGAUGAGGAUGCCUUCUUUGCUGACUACGCUGAAGCCCACUUGAAGCUUUCAGAGCUUGGGUUUGCUGAAGCUUAAAUGUAAUGGACGAAGUGCAGUUACCGCUAAGGCUUCCAUGGUACUCUUGACGGUUUUCAUUUCUCCUUUGGCUAGAAGCAGCAGUAAAUCAAGUCAUCUAAGCAAUAAAUACGGCUGGCUGGUCGUAUUCAUAGUAGGUCUUUCUUUGUUAAUUUGUCAAAUAAAUCCAUAUUAUUAAUCUGCUCUGUUUCUCUUUCACGUGCUAUACUGCACAUGUCUGGUAGCACGAGCUAGCUGCUCGCUCAUUUUGAUUGCACGAGGGUGAAACUUGACAAUACAUACGUGUCCUGUUUUGUCCGGAGGUCUGGAUGGUGUAAGAAUCUGAAAUCAAUACGGAUGUUUUGAUUCUUAUAUAAAAUAUUUAUCAUAGUUAUUUAUAUGAACA